AUGAACGCGUCACACAGAAUGAAACUGCCCGAUCAGUCGCGGGAUAACAGGAUACGCAAAUUACUGCUGUCGGAAUACCGCGAAUUAUCUGAGACAAUCCUGGUGGAGUCGCCGUUUGCGGAGACCACGAGAAAUGGACGAGGGGUUCGUCAGGUCUCUUUGGGUCUCACAUCGACCAAGCUGAUCGUUGCUGCCGACAUCUUUCAGAUUAAUCCCGAUUUCUUUUGUCCGCCUUGUAUUGACGCUAGUAUCGAGAGCUUCGAACUCGUGUCCGUGUAUCCCUUAGAAUAUGUUACGCUCAGCGUGUUUAGAAGGAGACGUCGCAGGACUUUGAAGGCAAGAUUCAUUAACGGACGAGUUAAUUAUUAUGAGCUCGGCGGUGAGCGACGCAGAGUUUCUUGGAAAAUCUGGUGCGAGGAGGUACAAAGAUUACUGACAUGCAAGACGAUCGGUAGCUCGUUGUCCGAAACAACGGCGGCGAGCUCGUCGAGCAGUAGCGCCUUAUAUUUGCUGUCGUCUGAGGUAAAAAUCAGGAGUGAUCGUGAUGCGAGAUGCAAAAGAUCGAUAUUCAGGGUAUGGAGUCAUUAUGGAGGUGCCGGCGACUACGUUACUCCCACAUGGACCGAGAAGAACUUGUAUCUCGGACCGUGUUACAACGAGUUGAUGAACGGCAAUUACACGCCGGUUCCGGUGAGAUUCGCUGGAGCCAGCCUGGAAGAUCUUAGAUACGAGCUGGAAGAUCGUACACCGCGUUAUAUCGCCUGCGAGAAAUCCUGUCACAGUUGGCCGUGUCAGACAAAGUUUGAUGGUCGGGCAAGAUUGCAACGUGCCGGUGGACUCUGUAAUGUCCUUUUCGCAAGAAGUCGCAAUGUAUGUCAUUGCGAUUACGCCGCAAGUUACAAAAAAUGUCGAAACAUGCUUUUCGAAGACGAUUUCGUAGAGCAUGUGGAAAAGAAGUACGGUAAACGUCAACAGCAAUAUCAAAAUGAGCCGAAAAAGUCUUUUGCAAAAAUAUCGCGUUUUGGCUUCGGAGUACCGGAGAAAUGCAAUUCUGAAUUGAUUCUGGGUCCUUAUCGCGGUGAUUCGGGCUACGAGAACGUCGUUGAUGCUCGUAAGUUGAUCGAGAAUGGCGUGACAGUUUGGGAAGACAAUUGCCGAUCCUUGAAGAGUCAGAGACAUCUGCGAAGAUACGGCUUAUCUUCAACGGCGCAUUUUUUCCACGCGCUCGGCCCGUGGUCGGUACAGCCUGGCGAUCGAGAAUCUGUACAGACUCUCAGAUCACCGAGCGCAGUCAAUAUCCGCAAACAACCCUCGGAUCCGGAACUGAGACUUCCGGUUUCGCGCCGCCAGUUAACAGCUAGCGUCUCUUGCGGUGCCUUGACACCCGGCGGAUCCAGUAUUAUUGGUGCCAUUACUAGAGGACAAGUAAUACUCUUCUGGACGCCAGAAUAUUGGUACAGGCCUCAGGCAGCAACAGCUGCCUAUAGAGAGCUGAGACAUCACUUAGCGUCUCUUCAGAACUUUCGACGCGGGAAGGAGAGGCAAUCGAAAGGAAAGUUCUUUCACCGACGAAAAAAUCGGAUCGACAAUAUUGAAGUUGCGAUUACAGGAAAAUCCAGUAGUCUUUUAAAUCGCGUGCUUUCCAUCAACGGCGCACGCAAACGUAAUGGAAAGACGAACGAAAACGUCGACGGAGGCUCGAUACAACUGCAGAGAUUGCUAAGGAUGAACUUUCGUAUCACUGUGUGGGACCUGGACAGUACUACCCUCGCUGCGCAACUCACGUCGGUCGAUCGCGAUCUCUUCAUCCGUAUUCCCACGACCGAGAUCGAGGCGCUGAUCUACCAGAGAUCGUCGCGCAACGCGCCAAAUUUGGGUGCGUGGAUCGCCUUCAGCCACCGCAUCGCUUGCCUGACCGUUAGCGAGAUCCUCGCGAUCAAACAACUCGACAUGAGGACCAGGAUCAUGGCGAGAUUUAUCAAUGCCGCCGACAAGUGUCUUGCGCUCGGCAAUUUUCAGUCCUGCAGGUCCAUCCUGGCUGGUCUGCAGGCUCCGCCGAUUUAUAGACUCCGGAGAAGCUGGUCGUACCUUAGGACUCAUCACGCUAGCAGAUACACGACAAUGGAGAAACUGUCCAAGAUUUAUAAAAGUCCACGAUGUUUAAAGUAUCGAAAAGCCUGGACUGUAGCGAAACGUAAUCCACCUUGCAUGCCAUAUGUUGGUCAUUUUCUGAUCAAGGUUCUAGGAUUAAAUAGCCUGAAAGAAAUUCAAGCGAAUUUUGUACCGUUUUUCACAAAGAAACAGUUAACCGCGCGAAUUUGUGAGGUUUCAGAGUCUUUGUCUAUUAAUAAUAACUUCAACGAGCAUCACUCAAGAGAUGACAAGAAUCUAAUAGAAUCCAAGCAAUCUCUAGCUAGGCGUAUACUUGCAGCGACGCUAACCAGGAUAAAAUUCACGGCACGCCAAAACGUCACUGACGAAACUAAGGGCAACGCGUGGACGUGCAGGCAGCGAUAUCUUGCACGCAAAUUUUUUAAUCGUUGGCGCGUGAUUACGUUGGAGAUAAAAAUACGCUCAGAGAAUGAGGAGAAAUUAAAGAACACGGACUUAAGGAGAAGACGCGUCAUCAACAUCGCAGCCUGGCUGACAAACUGCCAGAGAUUCGCGUUGGGUUACAAUUUUCCAUUAAACUCGUUCGCGUGCGAAUAUCUUUUAAAGGCACGUUAUAGGGAAGACCGCGAGAACUUCUUUAUCAGCCUCGAGCUGGAACCGCCGAAGACAACUUAAAUCUAAGCGCGUUGAUAGAUCAGGAUCGACGAUCGACGUGCGAUCGCCAAUUUUAA